AGAGAAACAAGAUUAGAUAACCAAAGAUAAAUCAUAGCCUUAACCAAGCUUGAACUUUUAUUAACCACAGCCUUACUACGCUGCUAAUCCAUGCCCCCACGAAUUAACAAACGACAGCAGCGCGAGCAAGAAGAGCUUCUUGCGCUUGGAAAUCAACCUGCUGCGGCCGCUGAUGCAGACAGCGAGGAGGAAACCGCACCAAUAGCCUCCUCUACCUCGGGGUUUGCAGCACUUUUUACCGCAGAAGACGACCAUGAUGUACCUGAGAGCGAUGACGAAACAUCCAAGCCCACAAAGGCAAAGAAGGCAAAGAAGAAGAAGAAGAAACCAGCUGUAUCUGAUGCGCCUGCAAACCCUCAGCAGGCUAAAUCCACUGAGGCACCGAAGCUCCAGCAGCCUUCCCAGCCUAAGUCUGCAAAGAAAGGCAAGGGGAAAGACAAAAAGAAAGACGAUCUGGAUGAUCUAGACACGGCACUCGCAGAGCUUUCACAAAAGUACCCAGAACUCCAAAGCGUGGCAGCGUCCUCAUCCUCAACUACUCGAAACGCAUCCCUUACAUCCCUUCUAUCCGUCUCAGUAUCCAACCUCGAUGCAGAAGCGGAAAUGCGCAAGUUCUUUGGCGCUAAAGCCGUUAUAGCUGCAAAGUCGUCUGAGACUUCCUCCUCCGGCGGCUCCAAAAAACGGAGGGGCGGUGCUCCAACACAAACCCAGCGUUCACAACUCACGCGACCGCAUCAAUCAUGGAGCAUGAUCAAGCAACGUGAAGGCCUCUCUUCUCGUCCAUUGACCGACGAAGAGGUGCAACAGAAAGUUUCAGAUCGUAAUAGCACAGCCGCAGGAGACAAAUGGUGGACUGUUGAGUACAGCAAGAGGUACAAAGGUGUCACGAAGACGUUUAUGCAGGCCGUCAUGUCAGGAGAUCCUGAGGCACUUUGGAGAGUUUUGCAGAAAUUACCUUGGCAUGGCGACACACUGCUGCAGCUAGCAGAGGUAUAUCGCCAUCGAGAAGAAUACAGUCAAGCUGUUGACUACGUGGAUCGGGCACUCUUUGCAUAUGAACGCGCUUUCAUAGGGGCAUUCAGCUUCACGAAUGGGCUUAACCGCCUCGACUUCAAUCGCGUUGAGAACCGACCCUUCUUCCUUGCGUUACAUCGGCAGGUCACUGACCUCCAGCGUCGCGGAUGCAUCCGUACUGCGUUCGAGUUCGGGCGCCUUCUAUACUCUCUCGAGCCAUGGACGGACCCGCAUGGUGUCCUGUUGCACCUAGACUUCGUUUCCAUCAAAGCGGGUAUGGGACAGUGGCUCCUGGAUAUGUACGCCGAGUUUUCUGGAACAAAGACGGCAUUUGAGGAUCAUUUGAACCCGAGUGCGUUGCCUGGAUGGGCGUAUGCGAGAGCUAUGGCACUUUUUGCGAGGGAAAAGGCAGGUGGAGCGCAGAGCGUGGGCAGCAGUACCGACGCGCUGAAGCAGGCUAUGCUAGCCUUCCCAGAGGUUGUGCCCCUACUGGCUGACAAGUGUGAUAUCUCAUUGUCCCCAGAACUGCGCGGACACAGAGCACUCCGCAUCCAGACUGAUGGAAUUGGGCUGUCGCCCGCUCAAAGCAUUCUCCAUCUCCUGUCUCAUCUCUAUGCUCAGCGAUCCGCACCUCUCUGGAAAUCUGCUGCACAUAUGAAGUGGUUCGAAAGCACCGCUAAUGGAAUUCUACCAUCGCUCAACGCCCAACGCUCGAAUCCGACUCGUGAGCGGUUCCUCCAAAUGUAUACCUCGACGACACUUCGCUACUCGGUCUACCGACAUAUCCUCGUCCUUGAGCAAACCUUCCGGAAUCUCACCCCCUUCAUCCCCCGUUCUGUGUUGUUGGCAAAACAGCUUGCGUGCGAUCCGCUUCCACCACUGACAGCAGUCUCUGAAUACAACGACGCCUUCUUUGUAGGCGCAGAAGAGAUAUUCAGCGUACGCCCGCGCCGGCGAGACCUACGUGCGCUGGAGCGACUCAUCCCAGACGCAGGCAUCAGAGCACAAAUCGAAGCGCUGUUCGAUGCGAACCCUGGACUCGCGGGGCAGUUGCCUGGUGGUGUGGUGCAGUUUGUGCAGAUGAUGGCAGAGAUGCCGGAUGAGGCAGUGGAUGAUAUGAUGCUUGGUCUUGCGAUGGGUGCAGAGCAGGGCGGUGUUGGUGUGCAAGGUGGAGGGGGUAUGCCAGGCGGAUUACCAUUGGAGGGCGAUGAUGAUCUGCCGGACUUGGAUCCAAUGCCUCCGAGAGGUGCAGCAGAAGCAGCGCCAGGGUUAGCAGAAGAGGAUGAAAGUGAUGAGGACGAGGAUGAUGAGGACGAGGAUAUUGCUCCCAUGCCCAUACGGGUUGUGAGGAACCUGCUGAAUCGAUUUUGGGGAGGUGGCAGGGCUACGGCUGACAGUGAUGAAUCUGAUAGUGACGCUGAGGACCGUGACCAUGACGGUGUUGACUAGGAGUAUGCGCGAGAAUUCGAUUCUACCCGAGAGCCGAGUGUACUUUUAGCCCCUUUCGUGUCAACUAAGGAGCACGGAUUUCACGGAGAAUGCUUUGAACAUUCGGAAUUUAUCUGUCAGUGUAACCUGCAAGCUUCUCUACUUGCAAUGAGAUUCGAAUGAGAUCUCCAGUAAAGGCUUAUGAGGCCCGGAUCCCAUUGUCCACCAUUAUAUGCCCUUACUUUGAGCUACCCCACAGCUGUCCACUCCUAGGCCAGGGCAGACUGGUCAUCAAUAGGGAUUGUCAGGGAGUAGAUCCAUCGUGUGUUGGUAAUCAGCGCUCAGCUGCAGGUUGGCACCGAUUUUUUUUAAAAAAAAAC